AUGUGUGCCAAGAAAGUCAGUUGUGCUCCUUUUAUCUGUCCCACGUGUCAUUCAGUGAAGUACCGCGAAGCCCUCAUACAUCGUCGACAAGAAGCCUUGGCAACCGUAGCAAUUGAAGCUAUCGCUAGAGACUCCAUAUUUCAUCGAAAACAUAUACAAACUUUUAUGGAGAAACACAAGCAGCAAACAAGAGAUACGACGUUGAAAUAA